AUGUUUGGGUGGACUGUCUACCUCCUGGGCUUAAGAAUCUUCAUUUCUUGCAUUGGACUUGUUGGUAAUGUAUUUCUCAUCCUCGCCAUCAUUCACACCAAGUUCUCCCCACUUAAAACCUUUGAGUUGUUCCUCUUGGGACUGGCUGCUGCCAACAUGGAGGAAAUUGUCAUCGUGAACAUCUAUGAUAUUAUCAUCUUCCAGACUUCUACCACCAACACUUGGUUGUGUCAUUCGCUCAAGUUCCUGACUAUGUUUGGUAAAAUUACUAGCAUCUUCUUCACCGUCCUCAUCAGCACCUUCCGCUACCAGAAGCUGAGAGAUGUCGACCACAGGGUCAACCUCCCAGUCUGCCUGGACAGCAUCAGGGCAGCCUUGAUGGUGAGUGGGGUUUGUGUGAUGCUCUCCAUGCUACUGAGUCUCCCUAUCUUUGUCAUAAGUCUUCAAGGUCCUGGGGAAAAUGACACUAGAAGCAGCGGGGGCUGCCACCCAGACUUCUUUGUGUGUAGUAAAUAUGAUUGUCCCGUACUCAACUACUUUUACAAAUACUUGUUCAUCCUGGUGUGCAACCUGCUGCCUCUGCUUAUAGUCACAGUCACCAGCUGCCAUAUCAUCAUAGUGCUGCUGACCCAAAGGAAGACGGUGACACCAGAGGUGGGCAUGAGCGGGCCAAGCCAGUUCGGCAGGAAGAGCAAAGGUCUGUGGCUCCAGCGAAGCAUGAUCUCUGUACUGGCAGCUUUGGCAUUGUUCCAGGCAGACUUGACUCCCUACCUCAUCUUCCAGCUGACUUUUAGACCCACUGACUCUCCUGUGUGGGCUGAAAUUGAGUUCUUUAUUGCAACUACCUAUACAUCCAUCAGUCCAUAUGUGUAUGGGAUAGGGGAUAACCUGUUCUCUCUGAAGAACUUUUUAAAGAAAUAA